AUGUUCAAUUUGAGGACUCGUUCAUUCCAGUAUGACAUUGUAACCUCGGCAUUCUGCAAAGGAUACGCCGAACCUGAUGACUUCCGUAACACGUCGUCACCACAGUCACUUCCCGAUUGCAAUCCACCGCUCGAUUCCCGCGAGAUCAUCCGCGUUUUUUCACUAGACUUCUUACAGCUGAUUUCAUGUGGAGGAUAUUAUGCAGCCUCAUUCCACUCCGUGCAUGACGUCCUGACAUUCGGCGCUGUUAUUGAUCGCAGAAAACCCGGAAUCCUAGCGUGCUUUCCUUCCAUCCAAUCUCCUGUGUGGUCCUGUCGACCUAUUGGUACUCUGGAUAUCGUUCCCAAGUAUUCAAACUCAGUCCCUUCGCUGGUUGAUCUCACUUUCGUGAAGAAUAAGAAUAACGACAAAUGGGAAAUGGCUAUUCAGUUCUCAUUACGACUACCACCAGAGGAUUACCGCGGACUCCGGACUGCAUAUCUCGUGCAGUCACUCCCUUUUUACAACGGUGUUUCCAGUGAUUUCGGUAUACAAUUUGCAUAUCUAUCUAGCCCUCGCCAUUAA